AAACAAUUCAUCAGCUCAUACACGUAAUUUCUUUUCCUCUUUUCCUCUUAUCCAAUUCUAAUCACGAUCAGACAUUAAAUGUAAACACUUCUCUAUCAAAAAUUUGAACUUAGUUCGCCUCACACUUUUGUUUUGUCACCUUGUGAGAGACUAAUUCCCUCUAAUAAACGCAACGUUGUUCAUCAGUGGCACAUACAUAUACAGCAUCACAAUUCUUUGAAGGGUGAAAAAGCUUGAUCAAGAAUUGAAGCAUAUUGAUCUUCAGCCAUGGCUACACCCUUGGCCUACCAAGAGCACCUUCCGGCGGCACCCGAAUGGCUGAACAAAGGUGACAACGCAUGGCAGCUAACAGCAGCCACCCUCGUCGGUCUUCAAAGCAUGCCGGGUCUCGUGAUCCUCUACGCCAGCAUAGUGAAGAAAAAAUGGGCAGUGAACUCAGCUUUCAUGGCUCUCUACGCCUUUGCGGCGGUUCUAAUAUGUUGGGUGCUUGUGUGUUACCGAAUGGCCUUUGGAGAAGAACUUUUCCCCUUCUGGGGAAAGGGUGCUCCAGCACUAGGCCAGAAGUUCCUCACGAAAAGAGCCAUAGUCAUUGAAACCAUCCACCACUUUGAUAAUGGCACUGUUGAAUCACCUCCUGAGGAACCCUUUUACCCUAUGGCCUCGCUUGUGUAUUUCCAAUUCACUUUUGCUGCUAUUACUCUUAUUUUGUUGGCUGGCUCUGUCCUUGGCCGAAUGAACAUCAAGGCUUGGAUGGCUUUUGUGCCUCUUUGGUUGAUCUUUUCCUACACAGUCGGGGCUUUUAGUCUUUGGGGUGGUGGCUUUCUCUACCAAUGGGGCGUUAUUGAUUAUUCUGGCGGCUAUGUCAUACACCUUUCUUCUGGAAUCGCUGGCUUCACUGCUGCUUACUGGGUUGGACCAAGGUUGAAGAGUGAUAGGGAGAGGUUCCCACCAAACAAUGUGCUUCUCAUGCUUGCUGGUGCUGGGUUGUUGUGGAUGGGGUGGUCAGGGUUCAACGGUGGAGCACCAUAUGCUGCAAACAUUGCAUCUUCAAUUGCGGUGUUGAACACAAACAUUUGUGCAGCCACUAGCCUCCUUGUGUGGACAACUUUGGAUGUCAUUUUUUUUGGGAAACCUUCGGUGAUUGGAGCUGUGCAGGGCAUGAUGACUGGACUUGUAUGCAUCACCCCAGGGGCAGGGCUUGUGCAAUCAUGGGCUGCUAUAGUGAUGGGAAUAUUAUCUGGGAGCAUUCCAUGGGUGACUAUGAUGAUUUUGCAUAAAAAGUCAACUUUGCUACAGAAGGUAGAUGACACCCUUGGUGUGUUUCACACACAUGCUGUGGCUGGCCUUUUGGGUGGUCUCCUCACAGGUCUAUUAGCAGAACCAGCCCUUUGUAGACUUCUAUUGCCAGUAACAAAUUCAAGGGGUGCAUUCUAUGGUGGAGGUGGUGGUGUGCAGUUCUUCAAGCAAUUGGUGGCGGCCAUGUUUGUUAUUGGAUGGAACUUGGUGUCCACCACCAUUAUUCUCCUUGUCAUAAAAUUGUUCAUACCCUUGAGGAUGCCGGACGAGCAGCUGGAAAUCGGUGACGACGCCGUCCACGGUGAGGAAGCUUAUGCCCUUUGGGGUGAUGGAGAAAAAUAUGACCCAACUAGGCAUGGUUCCUUGCAAAGUGGCAACACUACUGUCUCACCUUAUGUUAAUGGUGCAAGAGGGGUGACUAUAAACUUAUGAGUCAAGAAAUUAGGCUGUGCCUUGCUCACACAUGCAUGUGUAUAAAUUUAUAUGAUUAACAAAUGUGAUGAAUCCGUGAGUGGUAUAAGUAGAUAUUUGAUUUUGUCAUGAAAGAAAAUUUCCAAAUUUUGAGAUCUGAUGUUCCUCUGGUCAUCUUGCAUUCGAAGACCUGGUCAUAUAUUUCUGGCACAGAAUGUCUUGGCAUGUGUAUAAAAUUUAGAUUUGUCAAAUUUUAAAGGAACUUAUGAUUAGUUUUUUUCACUUAGAAGAAGAUCAAAUUUUCUUUUU